AGGUCGGGCCGCCCCGCGCGGAAGAACCGCCCCCAGCCGCCACACCAGCACCGCCACCGCCUAGCACAGCAUCCCAGGCCCCGCCCGGGACGGACGGCAGCCGCGCCAUGGAUUCUUCCAGCUCGUCCAGCUCCAGCUUUGCCGUCGGCUCCCCUAGUCCCGGCGCUGUCGUGCUCCUGUACUCGAAGGAGCUCAAAAAGUGGGAUGAGUUUGAAGAUAUGUUAGAGGAGAGGAGGCAUGUCAGUGACCUGAAGUUUGCCAUGAAGUGCUACACCCCGCUCCUGUAUAAGGGGCUCGUCCCGUGCACGCCAAGCGAUAUUAAGAGUAGCGUUCUCAACUCCGAAGAGGUUUACUACGUCAUUAAGCAGCUCUCCAAGGAGCCCCUCCAGUCCCAGGACGCCCUCCGCGAGGAAGCCUGCCAGAUCCUGGAUGAGAUGAGCCACAAGCUGCGUCUGGGAGCCAUCCGGUUUUUUGCCUUUGCCCUGAGCAAGAUAUUUAAACAGAUUUACUCCAAAGUGUGUGUCAAUGAGGAAGGUAUUCAGAAACUACAGCGAGCCAUCCAGGAGCACCCGGUUGUCCUGCUGCCCAGCCACCGGAGCUACAUCGACUUCCUGAUGUUGUCUUUCCUCCUGUACAACUACGACCUGCCGGUCCCAGUCAUCGCGGCGGGGAUGGACUUCCUGGGGAUGAAGAUGAUCGGGGAGCUGCUGCGCAUGUCGGGCGCCUUCUUCAUGCGGCGCACCUUCGGUGGCAACAGACUCUACUGGGCUGUGUUCUCCGAAUACGUCAAAACCAUGUUACGGGUAAAUGCAGACAAUACUGUUUUCUUUAUGAGGGGAACUCGUAUAUAUACCUGAAGGCCGUUUCUCCCUUUGUUUGCAGGUCUGCUGAAUAUUGUGAUGGAACCUUUUUUCAAAAGAGAAGUUUUUGACACCUACCUUGUUCCAAUUAGCAUCAGUUAUGAUAAGAUACUGGAAGAAACCCUUUAUGUGUAUGAGCUUUUAGGGGUGCCCAAGCCAAAGGAAUCGACGACCGGAUUGCUGAAAGCCAGGAGGAUUCUCUCGGAAAACUUUGGCAGCAUCCACGUGUACUUCGGAGACCCCGUGUCGCUUCGAUCUCUGGCAGCUGGGAGGUUGAGCCGAAGCCCGUAUAACCUGGUCCCAAGGUACAUCCCUCAGAAGCAGUCGGAGGACACGCAAGCCUUUGUCACUGAGGUCGCCUACAGGAUGCAGCUCCUGCAGAUCCAGAACCUGGUGCUGAGCCCGUGGGUCCUGGUGGCCACCGUCCUGCUGCAGCACCGGCCGGCCAUGGACUUCGACGCCCUGAUGGAGAAGACGCUGUGGCUGAAGGGCUUAACCCUGGCCUUCGGGGGCUUCCUCAUGUGGCCCGACAAUGAACCCGCUGACGAGGUGAUCCAGGCCAGCCUCCUCCUGCACUCCAACAUCGUCAGCCUCGACAGGGACCGCGUGGCUCUGAAAGUGGACGCCAGGGACUCGGAGGUGGUGGACGGCCUCAUCUACCAGCACAUCACGCUGCUCAUGUGCUCGGCCUACAGGAACCAGCUGCUCAACGUCUUCGUCCGGCCCUCCUUGGUGGCUCUGGCGCUGCAGGUGGCUGGCGGGGGCAGGAAAGAGGACGUCUACUGCUCCUUCCGCUUCCUGCGUGAUGUCCUGUCGGACGAGUUCAUCUUCCUUCCGGGAAACGCAGUGAAGGACUUUGAAGAAGGCUGCUACCUGCUCUGUAAAAGCGAGACCAUUCAGGUGACAACGAAGGACAUUGUAGUGAUAGAGGAGGGAAAGCCCGUGUUCGAGUUUUUAAUAGAACUCUUCAGGCCGUUUGUGGAGUGCUACCAGAUCAUUUGCAGACACCUCCUGGAGGAGGAGAAAGACUGCUUCACGGAGAAGGAGUACCUGGCUCGGGUCAGGACGUUCACCAGCCAGCUCCUCGAUGAAGGCGCCUCGCAGUGUUACGACGUGCUGUCCUCGGACGUACAGAAAAAUGCCUUGGCAGCCCUGGUGCGGCUGGGCGUGGUGGAGAGGAAGAAGGUAAAUAACGACUGUGUAUUUAAUGUGAACGAAGCCGCCGCAGCAAAGCUACAAGAAAUGCUUGAUUGUAAGACGCCAGUAGGAAAACCAGUAACUGCAAAACUUUAAUGACUGCCAAGCAGCUGUGGGACUGUGGCCGUACAGUUACUGUCAUCCAAGGACUCUUACAGCCAAUGGCGUGAAGCAAGAGCCUCUCUCCUCCUCCCAGGACCCAGACCGAGGCUCCGCGGGAGGAAGGGCACCGCUUACAGCCUCGGGCGGCAUCUCCACCCACCACAGGACUUAAAAGGCAUUUGUAUCAACUCUGUGUGUUUUAAAAUAAAAUAACCUUUUGGAAACAUGUUGGAAAA